UUGUAAUGACGUAUUAUUCUUUAGAAUUUCGAUUUGUGGCGAAAAUUAUAUAAAAAUCAGCGAUAUAAACUCGUAAAACUUAGUCUGCCUAUGAUGCAUACUAAGAUUUGAUCACUAUAAUACUAGCGGAUUGCAAAAGAUUCGCUGCAUGAGUUUUAGUUACUAUACAUGAUCGAGCACUUAGCAAACAAUGGCAAAAACUAAGGUUACAGGAGCGACUAGUAGACUGAAACAGGACUAUCUGAGGCUGAAGAAUGAUCCUGUACCAUACGUGACCGCAGAACCUGUCCCAUCGAACAUAUUGGAGUGGCAUUAUGUAGUGAAAGGACCCGAGAAAAGUCCGUACGAAGGCGGAUACUACCACGGCAAAAUUAUAUUUCCUAGGGAAUUUCCAUUCAAACCGCCUUCCAUUUAUAUGAUAACUCCGAAUGGACGUUUCAAGACAAAUACUAAACUGUGCCUUAGCAUUACAGACUUCCACCCGGACACCUGGAACCCAGCGUGGUCCAUCUCUACUAUAUUGACUGGCUUGCUUAGCUUCAUGCUGGAGAAAACUCCAACGCUCGGUUCUAUCGAGACGACGGACAAUCAGAAGCGAUGCUUGGCGGCCGAGUCGCUGGAAACUAAUCUCAAAAACAAAAUGUUCUGUGAACUCUUCCCAGAGUAUGUGGAGGAGAUUGAGAAGCUGCUUAAAGAACGCCAGGAGGCCAUUCUGCACAUGGACAACACUAACAUGAGUGACAGUGAAAUAAUGACUGAACAGCAGUCCAAUAUGUACUUUAUCAUGACUAACUUAUUUGUGCUGGUUGGUUUUGUGUGUCUUGCCUACAUGGUUAAAUAUGUCUUGGUUUCCAUAUCUAAUGACUAGGUAGUAGUAUAAUAGUGAUGCUUAAAGUGAAAGUCUGUAAAUAUUGUAAUUUAUUAUGUAUAUAAUAAUAUAAACAAAAUGUUUUAUAGAGAUGUUAAAACUAAUUAGUAGCACUGAUAUGUAAAGCUGAAGGUCAUGCAAAUAUUAUGGUUUGAAUACAAUAAUAUGGUAUCAGGCUUGUCAUCAGUUUGCGGCAAUAUGUGUGGCACAUUGGUUGAACAUGAAUUAGAGAGGACAUCUAUAUAUAGAUAUUUUGGUACAGUGAUUGGUAAUCUGUUAGUUUGAGUUUUAAUUAUUGGUUUAAUAAUGACCAUUUCACAAGUAUUUUAAAAAUUAUGUUUUCUAUGAUAUUAAUGAAAUGUUCUGGAGUACUAGAAACAUUUAACAAGUAAAACAAAUAAAAUGUUUCUACUAAUCCCAUUACUGCUCUGAGAUAAUAUUCUUGUAAUUCAAUACUAAUAAUAUUCUUGUAAAUCCAGUACCAUCGAGACAAAUAAUAAUUUAAUUUUUUUUUUUUGUAAUAUCUGUCUAUUAUGAAAGAAGCUUCGAUAAACUGUAUGUGAAAGAGAUUGGAUGUGCUAAAUUUAUGAGGUUCUUAUCUAAUGAGUGAAUGAUGAU